CAGAAUUCUGUUGUAUAAAGCUUGUCUGUUAUAAAACUUAUUGUUUUAAAAACCAAGUACAAUAAUGUAAAGAGCUGUGUUUUUAAAACCAUUAUGUUUGGAAUUUUUCAAAGUAGCUUACAUAAUAUCCAAGUCCAAAAGGCAAUCAUUAUUUUUAAUUAUUUAGAAAUGGAAUAGAAUUAUUCCUUCAGUGUAUUUUUUUGGGUGAAUUAAGACCAAUUUUCCCACUACUUUUAUUUACCUUUUGGAAAGUAAAAAUACCUUUAAAACAUUUUUUUUUUUUUUAAAAAGAGCAAAUUGACUUUCCUAAUCUAAUCAACUGUACAGGUAAUUUGUUUCUUCAAUCCCAGAAUUUCUGUUUCUAAGAGUGACUUCUUGUAAGAAGUCAUUUAGACAGAAGUGAUUUGUCUUAGUAACCUAGACUUCUCCAGACUUAUAAAAAUAUGCUUUUAUUAAAUUUCUCAAGUACAAUGGAUAUUGACUUCAUAAUCUUACUUCAUUUUCAUAUGUUUUAUUGCUUUAAGUUCCUUGACAGCAUUUAGCUAACAGUUUAUAACUUACAAUUUGAGUUGCUGUGCUAGUUAGUUCUCACCACAGUUCCUUGACCUGCGUGUUAAGAGUAUCGCUUUAGGGAAUAGGAAUCAGCUAAGAAGACAAUGUCCACAUCCACAGCUAGUACGGAUGCCCCAACAUCACCUCCUCAUUUCCUGUAUGCAGAGCUCUCUCCCAUACCCAGGGAAUUCUAAGUGUUCUCUUUGUUCAGUUAAGUUGCAAUCAUUACUCCUGUAAGCAUGCAUCGAUUUCGGAGUCAUACCAAGUACAGAAAGUCACAGGGCAUGUCUGAUAGUCAGGUCUCUGCCUCCUCCAACUCAUGUCUUGUUUUAAAAGUAGGCACAAGUAGGGGAUUUGUAUGAAUCUGAAGCAUUGCUACUUUUGGUGAUGGGGGGAUGUAAGACAAAGGAAGGUUAUUUUCAUCUCAGUUCCUGGCUGGUCACAGUGUUCCAUGCCACAGAAAGCUCUGAAUGAUUUCUUCAGAAGAGAGACUAAAGCCAAGAAUUAGCCCUCCCCCUGGCCUGGCCUGCAGCUGCAGGCAGGUUGGCCUCCCCUCUGGGCAGUCAGGUCUUAUUAGGUCAGCUGCAGGCCUAGUUGGAAUGCAGAGUGAGAAUCAGAGACAAGGAAGGCCAGAAGUGUUUCUGUGUGUAUUUUUUUUCUUUCAAUUUUUAAGUUUUACAUAAUUGGAAGCUUUAUACAUGGGUGCUGUUAGGGACAAUUUAUUUGUUUUGUAAUAUACAGGCUACAGUCUGCGUCAUUCAUCAUUGGGCAAUUUCCUUCAUUUUAUGAACUUGAGUGUACUUUCACAAAGCUAACUAGGACUAGCCAGUCACUCUAAGUCCCCUCCUGAUAUGAUCAAGAACAGCCAUAAAAACAGGGGUAGGAGGUUGCCAUGGGAAUAUGUGGCAUGCAGUUUUAGAGUAAUUGCUUUUUAUGUAAAUAAAAACACUAUGCUAUGAAAUAAUGCCAGACGUUAUAACAUUUCCAAACACAUUGAGGGAUGGUGUACGCCUUUAAUCCCAGAACUGGGAGGCAGGGGCAGGUGGAUCUCUGUGAAUUCAGAGCCAGUUUGAUCUACCUAGUGAUUCCUAGGCCAGAGAGAUUACACAGCCAGAGAUCCUGUCUCAAAACAAACAAAUAAACAAACUUAAGGUCCCGUUUCCUGACUAAGCCCUGGUUAGAGCCUUCCAUGGGCAUAUAGUACCCGCCAGUAAGGCAGUGGCUUAUCAUCACUGCCUCAUUACACAAGCACAGUGAGUUAGGUUACCUAGAAAGAACAAAUGCCCGCCCGGGGACAGCCUACAGGAUACAAGAUCAGCUUAAACAAAACAGAGAGAGUAACCUCACUAGUCAGCAGAAUAAGCUUUCUAGCAGGAGGGAAACUCUUUGGCAGAAUAGGUAAGCUUACUGUCAGGCAGGUCAGCGAUACCAGGAGGGAAGCUUGCAAGCAAGAGAAGUGAGAUUAUUGGCGGAGGGUGGGGGUGGGGGUGUAAGCUUUCUGGGGGGGGGGACAGUGGAGAUGUGUACUAUCCCCAAGACUGAAGGUCCCAUGGAUGCUUUACAGAUAUGCUAGCCUAGUGUUCUGUGCUAGAAAAUCGUAAGGCUGUCUACAUGUUUCUGUAUGCUGCUUCUUAAAGGGGAGGCAUUUUGUGUUAGACUGCAUAUGCAGUGGCAUAAUUAGCUUGCUCUGACCUGAUAGUCCUGUGUUCUAAGAACUACCCAAGGGAAUGUACAUACGGGGAAGCAGCUCUCUCUCCAGAAAGUACUAGUAGGGAGUUAACUUUAUCUAGACACUCUGACUUGGCCUGCUUGGGGCAUUCCCCAUGACUCUUAGUUCUUCCCCCACCUCUGGAAUGGGAAGGGUCACUUCAGCUGUGGCAUUUAUGUCCUACUUAUUUCAGGAACAAUGCAUCCAUGUCCUGUGUAUAGCCAAACUGCUGCACUGUUAUUCAUACAGGCAUACAAUAUAAUGACUUUGAUGUUGCUAAAUGGUGGAAAUUUUUCAGCUUUUUUAAAGUCUCACUUAGGGCACCAUUGUUAUAUAUUGCCUCCCCAAAAGAUGUUUAUGAUGUAGCAGAUAUCUCUGUGUGUUUUUUUAUGCUAUUUCAAAAGCUGGUGGUCUUUCCUCAAACAGAGUGCUGUGCUAGUCAAUAUUAGCCCAAAAGAAGAGUCAGUACAAGGUCUGGGCAAGCAUAUCCCAACUUGCUAUAUGUUACAGUGAGCCACAAAGUAAGACUCACUGUAGUAAUCCUUAUAUUAAGAUAUAUAAUGGAACAACAAUAUGAACUAACCAGUACCCCCAGAGCUCAUGUCUCUAGCUGCAUAUGUAUAAGAAGAUGGCCUAGUGGGCCAUCAGUGGAAAGAGAGGCCCAUUGUUUAUACAAACUUUAUCUGCCUCAGUACAGGGGAACGCCAGGGCCAAGAAGUGGGAGUGGGUGGGUGGGGGAGUGGGUAGGGGAGGGUGUGGGGGACUUUUGGGAUAGCAUUAGAAAUGUAAAUGAAAUGAAUACCUAAUAAAAAUGUAAAAAAAAGAAAUAUAACAUGAAAUCGAAAUACAUCAAAGAAUUAUAAGAGUAUAAAAUUUAGAAUUUGUAAAGAUAUUUUUGAAUGGGUAGAUAGGCAAACAUUUUUAUUAAUAAUGGAAAAAUGGCUUUUAUACAACCUCUGGUCCAAUAAAUAUGGUCAUAAUGUUAUUAAAUAUCACAACCUAUUGAGAAAUAGGAAUAAAAUGUAAAGUGUUAGUCCAUGGCCAACAGCAAAAUAUCAAUAUAUAAUAGGGAGAAAAUAAUGAAAAUUUUGAUUUGGUAUUAUAUUACAGAGGUCUGAAGGUGUGCUAAAUGACAUAUACUAUGCAAAGACUUUAAAUUUUAUGUCUAAUUCAUUAUAGAUCUUUGCAUUUGCUUCAGUGUUCAGAAUGUUACAUCCAGUCGACGUCUUUGGUAAUAUCCCUUUAAUUUUUCACCAGAGGUAAGAAUCUUACUGUGUCUUUCCUGCUCCUGGCUCAGUACUAGAUAGCUGUUUUUAAUGGAAGGGACCAAGUGCCCUGUGGUAGGAAUGGCCCUCUAGGAAGUAAAAAGAGAGUGUUGAUGGGCGAAGACCCAAGGGCAGAGAUGCAUGGGGCAAGUUCUCCUGGGUUAUUCUUCACUUUGCUGAGAACAGUACUGAAAGUAAUACAGAGUUGGUCUGUGUCCUGAACUGUGACCAGAUCUGUAAUGAGGCCUCCCAUAUCUAUGUGCACCUUGAAUAAGAGUGAGCCACUUCCUGAAUAGAAAACCACUUGAAGAACUCAAUGACAGUCCCUAUGACUGGUUAUUCUGAGGACUCACUAAGCCAGCCCCCUAGAAACCCCGAGGCCCAGUGUUUCACUGGGAAUAUGUUCAGAAAUUCGAAAUCACCCACAGUCUUUCUAAAGACUCAGUUUAGGUGGGCUGCUAUCUAGGACUGGAAAUAAAAGGCUAGGAGAGGGUAUUUUUGUUUUAACACUACACACAAGAAUGAGUCAGAAUUUCAGAGUCCAGGAAUCACCAUAGGAAACACAAGCAGCUUGAAAGGUAAAAUAAUAUAAAUGAAAAUAUGACCACAGAUGUUCUUGAAUGUAUUUCAAUGGGGAAUGAUAAUAGACCACGUAAGAGAUUGAGCUUGUGUGAUGAAUACUUCUUUCCUGUUAUUUGAGCCACACUGAAAAAUAUGAAUCCUGACAUUUCUAUAGAUAAUAAAUAUGAAAUAAAAGCACUUAGUCAUGACAUUAGGAAACUACUGAUACGGACUCUACCUGAUUAUGGCUUCAGCUUUAAUUAUUUGCUUCCCAAUCCCUGGGGUCAACUCUUGCUUUGCUUAUUGAAUAAGACAUCUAGUGUGUUUUAAUUUGUUGAGCAUAUGAUAGAGACUCCAGUUUCAAGAGACAUUAAAAAUGCCCAGCCAGGUCUCAUGAAACCUUUAGAUACCUGUGCUAUGGUAACAGUAAAGUUCAGUAGAAAUAAACCUCAUCAUACUGGAACAUGAAACUUGGUUGAACACACAGAACCACUGUCAUAGCCCAUUACUACCUGGGGUCCAACUACCUGGCAUGGUUCAAAACCAGACCUGUCUUCUUUAAACCAUACCAUCACAUAGUUUUGGAAUUGACUACUUUUUUUUUCCACACUGGUAUUAGUGUAACUUGUUGAGAACUUAGUUUUCAGCUAAAAGUAGUAUACAGUGCUAUUAGUUCUUUAGUAUUGUUCUUGCAGAUAUUUUGCUAGCUAUGUCAUGCAGAUAUUUGCUAGUAUUAGUCAUGGUUCACUAGAGGGACAGAGCCAUGAUGUCUAUUAUGAAAUAGAUUUAGUAGUCUAGCUUACAUGAUACAGGCUGGGUAAUCCAACAGUAUCUGUCUAUGUACUGGGCAGGCCAAGAACUAGGACCAUUCUCUGUUCACAAGGCUGGAUGGCUCAACAGCUCAGUCUGUCACUGAAGGCCUAGGGGGUCAGUGGGCAGUCCCUGCUGUUCUGUACACAUUGGAAGGCCAAAGAAGCUGGGUUCUAAUGUUAGUGGAAGACGGCAGCAGCAGAGCCUAUGUCCUCACCGGCAGGAGUGAAUGUGGAUGAGCAAAAGCAGCCCUGCCAUUCCUUACGACUUGUACUGCAUCUUUUGUGAGCAUGUAGGCUGCAGCAUUAAAAAGCAGUUCAGACCCCCAACGGUCUGAUGAUAACCUACAGUACCAAUGGGAAGAUAUACAGAUGAAUAUAAUAUAACUGUUGUCUAAAAUUGUGUAUUACCCCAGUGAUUUCAAAUGAAGUCAUUUCUACAAUACAUCCAUUUACCUUUGGGGUAGAUAUGUUUAUUUUUUUAAUCUAUGUGGUAUAAAGAAAAAGUAUUACAAGUGUCUGUUUUUUGAUUCAUAAUUACACACACUCAUUUGUAUGUAAUUAUGAACUCUUUUCAUUUUGUAUGUGAUAGCUCCCACAUAGUAAUGAACCUAGUUUUGAAAUUUUAAAUGUAAUGUGAAGAAGAGUUUAAAGCAAGAGAGUUAGUCAUUAAAAUUGAUUCUGUAAAGUAACAGCAAGGAAUAAAUUAGAUGGAAGUAUUUUUUUUUCAAAACCUGAAUGUUUGAAAGAAGGACCCUAUAACUAUAUCUGUAAAUUUUGUUUCAUAUUUUCAAUUGCUUAGCAGUCUUAUCUUCUCUGUUGAAAGUUUAGGCUUCCCACAAAGGGAUAUAGAUAUCUUUAAGCCCCUAAUAAGCCCCAAAUCAAUUUUUAAUAGAUGUUAGGAAACCAUUGAGUGUAUUUGAACAGGCAAUCAAAUGAUCAAUGCUGUGGGGAUGAAAUAUUUGUGUGUAAAAUAAAGUGGAAAAAAAAAAGCUAAAUAGCAAGUUCUUACAAAUGUCAAGAGAAGUUUUUAUGAGGACAGUAAGAUUGAAAAACAUACUGGCUCCACUUUAUACAGCAAAUUGGAAGAAAAUUCACUUAUGUUUCAAAUCUGGGCAAUUGGAAAAGAAGUGACUAAUAAAUACUGUAGUUUUGCCAUGUACCACUCACAAAAUUUAAUACACACAUACACACACACACAUAUGUGUGUGUGUGUGUGUGUGUAUGAGUAUAUAUACAUACAUACAUGAGACUAUAUAGUCAUAUAUACACAUAUAUACAUAUAUAUGUAUAUAGUCUCAUAUAUGUAUGUAUAUAGCAUCUGAAUUCUGGAACUAAUGAGAGAUAUCUAGAAAUGAUCACUAACACUUUGGAAUCAUGGAAUAAACUCAGUUAUUCAGAAAAAACAAAAAACAAAAAAUGAGGGAAACAAUAGGUCCUGCUUCUAUUGGUUGAUGGGUAUCAUAUAACUAAUGAUGGACCAGAAAAGGCAAUAGACAGCUGGAAAAAGAUGCCCAAAAUAGCACUAAUGUACAAACUCAAGGAAAUGUUUUUCAAGGAAAGAUUGAGCAACAGGAGCUUAUAUUGAAAAUAAGACAAAAAAAAAUGAAAAUGCAGAACAAAGUGCAACAGUGGCACAGAUGUUACAGAGAUAACCAAGAACAAAAGUGCAACAGUGGCACAAACGUUAUGGAUGUAACCAGUCAUCUUAUAGUACUUCUGGAUCUACUCUGUUAUGUGAAACCCAUUCCUGGAACUGUUAGCAGGGAAGGAACUGUGGCUAGAUAGGUCAGAGACCAAAAGGGAGAGAGCCUGAUACUACUAAUCUGCUAAACUGACAUAGUAUUAAAUGAACUCCUAAGGUUGCAAUAGGUGACAGUUAACACAGAGACCCUCUACUCGUCAAUAUGUAGAGAAUAAGAGACUGUGGGGUGAUCAGACCCUACAUGGAACAUGCAUAUCACACCCCUCCCACCAAUCUCAGGGAACUUCUCCAAAGAGAGAAUGGAAGAGCCAGAGGUUUUGUGCCACUGUUGCACUUUUGUUCUUAGUUACCUCUGUAACAUUUGUGCCACUGUUGCACUUUGUUCUUGGUUACCUCUGUAACAUUUGUGCCACUGUUGCACUCUGUUCAGACUUUAAGAAAACAAUGUUUCUAGGCACAACAGGGAAGUUGCAUAUAAAAACUCAUGGAGCUAUCGACAGCAUCCAUAAGGCUUAUGCAAACUCAAGCUAGACAAAAUCCCAGCAUGAAAGGGAGGAGGUGGCACAAAAUUCCAUCACUACUUGAUGAGCUACUGACACUCAGUAGCUGCUAGUUGAGGGUGAACCAGGUCUUUUUAAAGAUGUAAUGCCCAGUAGGUUGACCACAUUUUAGGAUAGGUCUCACUAGCAGGAGUAGUUUGGUAAUACAAACUGUUCUCAAUGGAGGGAGAAAAAAAGAAAAAGAAUAGAAGUGUCUUUUCAUAUAGCUCUGGUAAAAUAACCUGACAAAAAUGGCUGUUUUGUUUCACAAAUCCACAUAUAUAAAACCAAUAAAAUAUCAUAAUACUUACACUAAAAUAAUUUCCUAGUUCUAUAAUUUAUUCUUAUUUUUAAUUAUAUAUUGCUUUAAGGUAUUUUGUGACAGGGCAGAUGUUUAUUUGUCUUGUAUUCUUUAUGAGGCUCUUUCAGAUUUAACUAGAAUUUGAUCCUCUUGGUAGAUAAUCCUGUGGAAAAUUAUUCAGCUCUAUCCUAGGAACCCAAGGUAAAGAUGUCCCAGCUAACUUUGUUUCUGUUAAGCUUCUUGUGAAAGCCUCCUCUUCCAACUGACUGUUUAUCUUAGCAUCUGUUAAACUGUUUGCUUGCACAAAAUCCCCUGUACAACUGCCCAACGAGAUACCAGGAAGUGUGUUUUGCCUUUAAAAACCCCUUGUUCACCAUACUUUGGUCCUGAAUAACUGAAUAUAAUUCCAGCUGACUGAAAUGAAACCUUUAUAUUGGCUACAAAAUAUGCCUGAGUGGUAAUUCUAAAAAAUUAAAAAGGUAGGAAUUUUUUUGAAAGCUCACUUUUGCAGAAGACAAAUAUAAAGAGAAAAUCAAGAGACAUAAUAGGAUUUCCUAAAAUACAAAGUGCCAAGCUUUCUUUAGCUCAAAGAUGUAUUCAACAGGAGUUAUAAUUAUUGAACAUGUUAUUUUAUACAGCAUAUAAAUUGACAGGUAUGAUUGAUAAUUUAUAGUAACCAAACAGCUAUUUGUCAUGAAGGAGUUAAUAUCUACAGUUUCUAUCACCCAUUUAGGACUUCCUGCUUUACGAACUAAAUUCUACUCUUGCACUUUAAACACAUUAAUGUGGGAGAAAGCAAUGGUAAUGUUGUUUGUCAACUUAGCAGGAUCUGAAAUCUACACAGAAACAAGCCUCCAGGUACACGUGUGAGUGACUACUGACUUCAGGUUAGCCUCUGAGUUUGCCUGUCCUUGACAAUUUUGAUUAGGUUAAUUUAGAUGGACAGACCUAUCCUAAAAUAGGUGGCAUCUGUUCAUGGGAUGAAGUCCUAGACUGACUGAAAGGUGAAUAAGGUAGAUACCAGCAUUCAUUUCUCUUUGCUUCCUGACUGUACAGGAAAUGUGAAGAUCUGCCUCAAGGUCUUGACACCAUGAUCUCCCCACCUUGAUAGACUGUCUGUUGAAUUGUGAGCCCCAUGUAUCCCUUUGUGUCAGGAUAUUUUAUCAGAGUUACAUGAAAAGUCUCUAUGACACAAAUGAAUAAUUUAAAACAAAUGAAUAGGUUUGAGCACUUUUGAAUGUUCUAGGGAGUUUAAAAUUUAUACUCUGCGAUCUAUUCUAACAGAAAGCUACAAAGACUUCUAAAAAAAGAAAAAAGAAACCAAGAAAAUAAAUACUAUUGACAACAACAUCAAACAAACAAAAGACUAAAUGGAAAAUGUUUGUUUCAUGAUGAUCCUGUAAAAGUGGGAAAGUGCUUUUACAUUAAUGUUUAUGGCUUUUUUGUUUGUUUUGUCUUUUUCUGGGCCGUUGAGAUGUUUCAUCGCUAACAUUGGCAAAUGCAACUAGCCUUUCAUUUCAUGUUGCUGGAAGAGUAUGUGGAGUAUUUGCUUUCAAUGUGGACAUACGCAGUGUUCACAGAACUCACCCUCCUCUGGUGCCUAAACCUGAAGCUUCAUGGACACAGAGACUACCUUACUCAUUCCCGUGGUUUCCCUAAAUGUUUAAUGCCCAUAAGAAUCUUUUACCUAGCCAAACUCAGUAAAACUUCAACAGUUAUUUUAUUUUAUUUUAUUUUAUUUUAUUUUAUUUUAUUGUUGUUUCCUUAAUGCAAAGUCUUAACACUAAGAUGUUGUGUUUGCCCUCGUGACUGGUAUGACAGUGUUGUGUCUAUCAGGUUUGUCAAUUCAGAACUUCAGAUUUGGGCUUCUUUUUUCUUUGCCUGCUUUAAGAUCUUUUUUCCCCCAACUUACACAAGUAAUUUGGAAUCAGUAGAUGGUAUUUGGUUUGCAGGGUACUCUUGGAAGAUUGUUAUGGACCAAAUAUGGAAAUGAGAGUAGAGAAAUUGUAAGUCAAUGUUAAUUACAGAUUUGUAUGACAGCUCAAGCACUCACAUUCUUCUCAAAGACUUAAGAUGAUUGUUUCUUGAAGUAGUGGACGUUUUCCAUGGCUAUCAUUGUAGGGGAGAAAAACAAGCACACAAAAACAAUAAUGGGGAGCAAUCCAUGGUGAAGAGAAAAUGCACCACAGUAGUGAGUUGCCUUAUGAGCUGACUAUAGCAAUAAUAACAGAUUCUCAAUAUUACAAAAAAUAUUUUAUUCAUCAAGAAUGGCUCAUUAUCUAUUGUAAAUCCUACAAAAGCAACUAUUUACAGCCUGAACCUUCUUCCACAUGAUCUACCGUCACGUUUUAGAGCCCACACCAUUGCUAUUUCUCUGUUGCUUCUUUGUUUUGAACCUCUGGUCUUUUUUAUUAAAGAUAUGCCUAGAUUAUAGCUCCUACAUUCUUCUAGCCAAUAGACAUAUGGGAUUCUCGUUGAGUUUAGACUUCCCAGAAUCCUCUAAAAUAUUUAGAACUGAUGGUUUCUAUUGUUUUUUCAUGUAUUGGAUAUACCAGUAUGAAUGAGGCUUCAACAGAUAUGCUAAAACCCAUUGACUUACCCAUCUCUUGAUCCCGCCUUUAUUUAGUGUAUGUACUAGUCACCCAAGAGUAACUCACUGGUCACCUUGGCAGUCAUAUUGACUGCUGUGACAUUAAAGCACUUUUGUUGAAGGAGCCUUUAUUUUGCUUAAUAAUGAGCCCAAGUUUCAAGCAUAUGGAUGUCAGCAAUUUAGAUAUAGCAGAUAAGGAUAACAGUAUGCUUUUGUUAAAUGAGAGCAUAGAAGUUCUCAAUAGAGAAAGGAAAAAAAAAACACCCAACAACAAAACAACAAAACAACAAAACAAACAACAAGACAAAACAAACAAACAAAAACAAUUGUAAAGGCAGAGUGUGUUAACUAAAAUAUGUCAGAUUUACUUAAGGUGUCUUUCCAAGCAUCUUUUUCUCAUUGUCACUUGUUUUUUUCAAAUGUGGAAGAACACUAUUACUUAAGAGUUUCUUCAUAGGCAACUGAAAAUAAAUAAGAACUUGACCUUCCUUGGCUUUCAUUCACCUGGGAGCCCACUGAGAGACAUCACUUAAAAGUUGGAUGUCUGGUGUCAUUUGGAUGUGUAGCUACAAGGAGAGGAACAAUUAGUACCGAGUUAGAAUAUCAACAGCAAGCUUCAGAGGGCUUGUUUUCUAUUGACCUUUCCAAAGUAUCAGUAACUAGGGUUGGAGCCUUAGUUACAAGUUUGUCCUCCAAGAAGUUUGAUCCUUGGAAAUGUGCUUCUUUAGGGUUGAGUCAAAAAGGAAAGUUUUUCUGUUGUUGACAAAAAGUAGUCAUUUAAUUAAAAUAGAAAAUAAAAUCAGUAAAAUAAAAUGAAUAAAAUUAAAAAAUAAUUGUAAAAGUAUUACAAAGAAUAGUAAAAGUGAAAUAAAAUGUAACUGUCAUUUGAAAAGAAGAAACUGACUAUGUGAGGUCCUAUUUGCACUUUUCCUUACCUGUACACCGGGUCCAGUGUGAUGGAGGAAAGGUUUGACUUCCCCAGGAAGGCUCUUCACAGAUGAGCUCAGCUCUGUGCAGCCCAGUCCUGGGUUUUAUUCAUGCGAAUGUUUUUUUGGACUCUUCAGGGUAUGAUUCUCUCUAUAGUUUUAAUUCAGGCACACGUGAUCGAAAUCCAGUCAGUAUUCCUAAGAUAUCUAGGCCCUUUAUCUUUCUCUCGAAAGGACUUCCAAUCAAAAUACAAUGUUAGUUUUAUAUUCUAUUCAAGACUAAGGCCUUGCUACAUUCUCAAGUUCACCUAUUUGGGAAGACAAAGCUACAAAGUUCAGGAAUGCUGUGCUCUGCUGUUAGGCCAGGGUGCUCCUCAUACUGUUUGACAAUAGAGAAGACAGUAUUUGCAGGACUUGAAUCUACUGUGGUGUAUUUGUGGACAGUGGUUGCAGUAAGAAAAUAGACCUGCUAGGGGAAUACCAUAGGUGACCACAGCUGGACAAGAUGGUCAUAAGGAGCUGUCUGCCUAGGAAGAAAAUAUGCUAGGGUUAUCACAUCUGGUGCACACAUGUCCCAGCUGGGAAAAGAUGUUCAGUCACAUGAAAGUCUUGGAUUGAGGGUUAAGUCUAUUAAGGAUUUAGACAUGAGAUUUGAAAUGCCAGGCAAUGAAGUACUUAGUUUCCAACUCUAUAAAAUAUUAGAAUAGGAAAUGUCUACAAUAAAACUUGGAAGUAACUCACAUUUUGAUGUACUGCCAUUUUUAUUUUAUUUUAUUUUUUUACUUUUUUGUGUUGAGAAAUAGGGAGAGGGAGAGAGGAGGAGGAGGAGAAGGAGAAGGAGGAGGAGAAGGAAGAAGAAGAGAAAGAGGAAGAAGAAGAAGAAGAAGAAGAAGAAGAAGAAGAAGAAGAAGAAGAAGAAGAAGAAGAACAACAACAACAACAACAACAACAACAACAACAACAGCAGCAGCAGCAACAAGAGAAAGAUGGAAGAGGAAGAAGCAGCAACAGCAUACACAGGGAAGUUAGAAGUUAAUUCUCUCCAUACACCACGUGGAGUCAGGGAGUUUAAAUCAGGUCAUCGGGCUUGUGAGUGGCAAGCUCCAUUGAUCUGCCAAGCCAUCUUCCCAACCCCUCCUUCUUUUCUUGUGAAGGAAAAAAAAGACCAAGCUUUAAUUUAAGAUUCAGCCAAACCCCAUAAAUCAAAAUGGAGAAUAUUCUGGAGGAAUCAGGGCUCUAUAUUUGAAGGCAUUGGUUCUGGUUAGAAGCCUAGGACUCACUGAGAAGAAAGGAGCAAUGUGGACACUGGAACACAACACUCAAGAGUCCUGUUUGCCUUUGAAAGGAAUAUAGAAAGGAGGGGUAUACAGCGUCAACUGCAUUUACCGAGGUUUCAUACUUACCCUUCUCAAAAGUCGCCGCUGCCGAUUGCUGUGCUCAUUAAAUUCAUUAAGAUGUUGAGUGGAGAGAUUGCUGAGUGGAUAAACUCAGGGAGAUGGCCUCGUGGACAAAAUGUUGCUGCAUAAGUGUGGCGCCUAUUGCUGGAAUCCCCAGUUCCCAGGUCUUUCAUAGUACUCAACUGCCAUAAAGCUUUCAUUACUUUUGGAAACUGACCCAUCUAUUCAACAAAAGAUGAAAAUGCCAUUGCUGGUCAGCCAUCUCCUGCUAAUCUCCUUAACAUCUUGUCUAGGAGACUUUACCUGGCACAGAAGAUAUGGUCAUGGAGUGUCUGAGGAGGACAAAGGAUUUGGGCCCAUUUUUGAAGAGCAGCCAAUCAAUACCAUUUACCCAGAAGAGUCACUGGAAGGAAAAGUGUCACUCAACUGCCGGGCACGCGCCAGCCCAUUUCCAGUUUACAAAUGGAGAAUGAAUAACGGGGACGUGGACCUGACAAACGAUCGGUACAGUAUGGUCGGAGGAAACCUUGUUAUCAACAACCCGGACAAACAGAAAGACGCUGGGGUGUACUACUGCCUGGCAUCCAACAACUACGGAAUGGUCAGGAGCACGGAGGCAACUCUGAGCUUCGGGUAUCUCGACCCCUUUCCUCCCGAGGAGCGUCCGGAAGUGAAGGUGAAGGAAGGGAAGGGCAUGGUGCUUCUCUGUGAUCCUCCCUACCACUUCCCAGAUGAUCUUAGCUACCGCUGGCUUCUGAAUGAAUUUCCUGUAUUUAUCACCAUGGAUAAGCGAAGAUUUGUGUCUCAGACCAACGGCAAUCUCUACAUCGCAAAUGUCGAGUCUUCUGACAGAGGCAACUACUCCUGCUUUGUGUCCAGUCCUUCUAUUACAAAGAGUGUGUUCAGCAAGUUUAUUCCCCUCAUUCCGAUUCCUGAACGAACAACAAAGCCAUAUCCUGCUGAUAUUGUGGUGCAGUUCAAGGACAUAUACACCAUGAUGGGCCAAAAUGUGACUUUAGAGUGUUUCGCUCUAGGGAACCCUGUUCCUGAUAUCCGGUGGCGGAAGGUGCUAGAACCAAUGCCCAGCACUGCUGAGAUAAGCACGUCAGGGGCUGUCCUCAAGAUCUUCAACAUCCAGCUAGAAGAUGAAGGCCUCUACGAGUGUGAGGCUGAGAACAUCCGGGGAAAGGACAAGCACCAGGCAAGAAUCUAUGUUCAAGCGUUUCCUGAGUGGGUAGAGCAUAUCAAUGACACUGAGGUGGACAUAGGCAGUGACCUCUACUGGCCUUGCAUAGCCACAGGGAAGCCCAUUCCUACCAUCAGGUGGCUGAAAAAUGGAUACUCGUAUCACAAAGGGGAACUGAGACUGUAUGAUGUGACUUUUGAAAAUGCCGGGAUGUACCAGUGCAUAGCAGAAAACGCGUAUGGGUCCAUUUAUGCCAACGCUGAGCUCAAGAUCCUGGCUUUAGCUCCAACUUUUGAAAUGAAUCCUAUGAAGAAAAAGAUCUUGGCUGCGAAAGGUGGAAGGGUUAUCAUUGAAUGUAAACCCAAGGCCGCACCAAAACCCAAGUUUUCAUGGAGCAAAGGGACGGAGUGGCUCGUUAACAGCAGCAGAAUACUCAUAUGGGAAGAUGGUAGCUUGGAAAUCAAUAAUAUUACAAGAAAUGAUGGUGGAAUCUAUACAUGCUUUGCAGAAAAUAACAGAGGAAAAGCUAAUAGCACUGGGACUCUGGUGAUCACAAAUCCCACACGAAUUAUUUUGGCCCCAAUCAAUGCUGACAUCACUGUUGGGGAAAAUGCCACCAUGCAGUGUGCUGCGUCUUUCGAUCCUGCCUUGGACCUCACGUUUGUGUGGUCCUUCAAUGGCUACGUGAUUGACUUUAACAAGGAAAUUACGCAUAUCCAUUACCAGAGGAAUUUUAUGCUCGACGCCAAUGGGGAACUGCUCAUCCGAAAUGCGCAGCUGAAACACGCAGGCCGGUACACGUGCACGGCGCAGACAAUCGUGGACAAUUCCUCGGCUUCCGCUGACCUUGUCGUUCGAGGCCCCCCAGGUCCCCCAGGAGGCCUGAGAAUAGAAGACAUCAGAGCUACCUCUGUGGCACUGACUUGGAGCCGUGGUUCCGACAAUCACAGCCCUAUCUCUAAAUACACGAUCCAGACCAAGACGAUUCUCUCAGAUGACUGGAAAGAUGCGAAGACAGAUCCCCCAAUCAUUGAAGGAAACAUGGAGUCAGCAAAAGCAGUGGAUUUGAUCCCUUGGAUGGAGUAUGAAUUUCGAGUGGUGGCGACCAAUACUUUAGGGACAGGAGAGCCCAGCAUACCCUCAAACAGGAUCAAAACAGACGGUGCUGCACCAAAUGUGGCUCCCUCAGAUGUAGGCGGUGGGGGCGGAACCAACAGAGAGCUGACAAUAACGUGGGCGCCUUUGUCGAGAGAGUACCAUUACGGUAACAAUUUUGGUUACAUAGUGGCGUUUAAGCCAUUUGAUGGAGAAGAGUGGAAGAAAGUGACUGUGACUAACCCAGACACUGGCCGCUACGUCCACAAAGAUGAGACCAUGACCCCCUCCACCGCGUUUCAAGUCAAAGUGAAAGCCUUCAACAAUAAAGGAGAUGGGCCCUACAGCCUCGUAGCUGUCAUCAACUCUGCACAAGAUGCUCCCAGUGAAGCCCCCACAGAGGUAGGGGUCAAAGUGUUAUCAUCCUCUGAGAUAUCUGUCCAUUGGAAGCAUGUGUUAGAGAAAAUUGUGGAAAGCUAUCAGAUUCGGUACUGGGCUGGGCAUGACAAAGAAGCAGCCGCACACAGAGUUCAGGUCACCAGCCAGGAGUACUCAGCCAGACUGGAGAACCUUCUUCCCGACACCCAGUACUUCAUUGAAGUGGGAGCCUGCAACAGUGCCGGAUGCGGACCUUCCAGUGAUGUGAUCGAGACCUUCACCAGAAAAGCCCCUCCUAGCCAACCACCAAGGAUCAUCAGUUCGGUGAGAUCUGGCUCACGAUAUAUAAUCACAUGGGAUCACGUUGUGGCACUAUCCAAUGAAUCUACUGUGACAGGCUACAAGAUACUCUAUAGACCGGAUGGCCAACAUGACGGCAAGCUGUUCUCAACCCAUAAACACUCCAUAGAAGUCCCCAUCCCCAGAGACGGAGAGUAUGUUGUCGAGGUUCGAGCACACAGCGACGGGGGAGACGGAGUCGUGUCUCAAGUCAAAAUUUCAGGCGUGUCCACGCUGUCUUCGAGUCUCCUCAGCUUGCUCCUGCCCUCCCUUGGCUUUCUUGUCUACUCGGAAUUCUGAAUGUUACGACCUUGGCUGUUUUCAUCCCUGCUCAGAGGAUGCUCUUCAUCAUGGGAUGACUGUAAUUCCUUCUAAUCCCUGCGGCUCCAUCCUAAGCCAAACAAAUUAGACUCUAACAAGCUGUUCAACUGAUUUCCCAACACAUCACGACUGAGGCAUUCAGGAACCCCUUCAUCCAAAAGAAUAACUUUCAAGUGGAAAUAAAGUGAUUUUUAACUCGUUCCAAUAUGCCUUAUAAACCAUUUAACCUGAUUCUGUGAAAGUUGCAUGACUUAAAUCAAUGGACAAGUUACAGUGUUCAAUUCAAUGCCCUAGGCUGUAGAGUGAAGGUCACCAUACACAGGUGCUUUACAUGUUUGACAAGUUGUGAAAUAUAAUAGAGAUUGAAAUGUUGAUUGUAUGUAGUAUGUGUUCGAGUAAUGCAGUCUCUUGUAUUAGCCUAUAUGUUUGGGUUCCUGCCUAUUUUUGAAAGACCCUCAUCAUUCAUGAUAUUUUGAGUUUUCCAUAAAAUUAAAACAAAAAAAAUAGAAAAAAAAUCAUUUUGACAUAAACACCAUUACCAAAUCACUUUACUGAAUGAGUUGGAAGUUUUUGACUAUGAAAACCAAAUUAUAGAACUUACUAUUAUCAGUAUUCUUAUUUUUGAUGUAAUUUUCUACACAUUUGCUUUUCAGAAUCCCUAAUACUCUUCAGUUAGUUUUCUAAUGCUGACGUUCCCAUGCCACGUGAGGAUUUUUUUUUUUUUUUUUACUUUUGUAUUCUAAUCUGAAAUUGUUUUGUGCUUUUCUUCUCAUCAAUGUCAAACCACAGAAGCUGCAGCGCAUCUGGAACAUUGUCUACUGCUGUGUUUAUUCAUGUGUGGAAUGACAGGUUUGGGGAAGUAGAGCGCUUUCAUUUAUACUGCAAUGCGAUCGUCUUUAUCCAGCUAGAAACAAGUGACAGUAAAGUAUCAGAAUCUCUGAAUGUUCUCAUUGUUCUGGUUUUGUGCUUCAUGCCUAAGUAUAAACUCUCUUUACAAGAAGGUGUAGAGUCAAGAAUUCAUAUGCAGGUUUGGAAAAAGCUACAGAAUUCCAUUUCAAGAAGUUUAAAGCUCGUUUCCCAUUUCAAUGCAAUACUGAAAACUGGCUAAAAAUACCAAAUCAGAAUGUUGCUAAGUGGUCCUAUGAAGAAUAUGCAAAGCUGGGAGGCAGGCGAGGUCGGCAGUGUCCUGCGCGAGGAUGUCUCCCAAGUGCUGUUGUGAAGGAAUUUGUGAGGUGUGAAAGGGAAACCUGUGUUUCCUCAUUGUCCAUGGUGUGCCCAGAGAUGUGUCUGAGUGUGGGUGUGGAAGAACUCGGGUAAUAAAGAAUUAGCUGGCUCCUGGAGCAGUGCAAUGUUUGGUUCCUUGAGAAAUCGAAUCCUAUUUUAUUAGCACAAUCUUGCUGGCUAAUUAGAGACAGAGUUUAUCUUUUUAGAAAAGAUACCCUAUAGGUCCAUAAAGAAUAUUUACAGGAAACAAAAAUAGAUCUAUUAAUAUGUUACCCCUAUCUUUAAUUUGUAUAAUUUUUGUACUAUAUGUGUAAAGGUUUAAAGUCCUCAUUAUGAAAAUAUCAAUAAAUAUUUCAUUAAUUUACACUUAACACUUUGUUAUACAAAUGAAACUUUUUAAAUCGGUAAAACAGAUGCUCUCCCAGUAGAAGCAUGUCAACAAACCAUCGCCAGGUUUCAUAAAAUAUUUAAUGAUUUGCAAAAGAAGAAAAUGACUUCAUACUUUAGGGAGAUGAACACUCUGUAAGCUUUCUGUACAAACGUUGUGUUUUCCUUGUUAUAUUCGGGGGUUUUCCUCUUGCGAUGUGACCCAUGUUGGGCAUUUUUGUAUCAUCAAUUAACAACUACAUCUUUUGCCAAAUGCAUGCCUGCCUUUUCCGUUCUAAUAUGUGGUAAUAAAGACCAAAACUGGCUAGAUUUUGCAUGAAAAUGGUUCUGAAAGAUAAGAAAACAGACUUUGAAGGUUGUUUAGUUUAAAUAUGUGGCGGAUAGACUCAACUCUCUCAUGCACAAAUGACUUCUGCUUUUCAUUUCCUCAUAUAAUUGUACAGAUGUGACUGGGACCAUCAGUUUUAAACUGUUGUCAAGCUAACCAAUGUAUCACAUGCUUUAAGAUGCAAGAUAAUUAAUUAAACUUUAUAUAGCUCUAGACACAUCUGUUGUUUCUUUGUAUUUCAGGAAAGGUAAUAGUAGUUUCAUUUGAUACUGAUAAAUAACGAAUUGAUUUUUUUAGUUAUUUUUUAUCAUUUUCUUCAAUGGAGUAGUAUAGGACUGUCGUUUGUCCUUUUUAUGAAUGAAUACAAAUUAUAAAGAAAUAAAUGUCUUACUGUUGCCCAAAAA